GGAGCGUGCAACUGAGCGCUAGGUAGUGCACAGUACCUCCAUUAUCUCCGACAUUGCAUCACUCGGAAUUCCACCUCAACCCAGGGAGCUCUGAGCCCCGACUUUGACGAAUGUGACCGCCAACAGCUGGUUCUAUUCCCCAGCCGUCACUGUAGCCAUUCUCCGCCGACAUGGCCUACAUAGCACCCAUCCACCGGCCCAGCAGCGCGCGGCACGCUCUGUAUAGCCAACUCCUGUCGGACGAGGAAGAGAGCCUAGUGCUUAGAAGGGCGAACCGAUUAGAGAUAUGGCGGCUUCGUGACGGCUUGCUGAACCUCGUCCACUCCAAGGUCGUGAACGGCACGAUUGCCAUCCUCCAGAAGCUCCGCCCGAAAGAUGCGAGAACCGACCUCCUGUUUGUUGGCACCGACCGGUUCGAGUACUUCACGCUAGCGUGGAACCCAGAAACCUCACAACUAGACACAAUAAAUCCGUUCAAUGAUCCUGGCGAGCGACACAUGCGAGACUCGCAGAGCCAGGACCGAUGUUUGGUCGACCCGUCGGGCAGGUUUCUGGCCAUGCACCUGUGGGAGGGGGUGUUGACCAUCCUGCGGUUGGGGAACAGGAAGAACACGGCGACGGUGCUCGACUGGAUGGGCCAGGUGCGACUCUCGGAGCUGUUCAUCAAGGCGAGCACCUUCCUCUACACCGAAACAGGGCACCCGAAGAUCGCCUUGCUCUACCAGAGUCGAGCCGACUCGAGCGACGCCCAACUGGCCACCUACCGGCUGACAUCGGACGACCGGAAUACCGAGCUCUCGCGGUUCGAUCCCAAUCGGGAUAGGGAGAUCGAUGCAGAGAUCCACGACCCCAGCGCCUCCAUGCUGAUACCCGUGCGGAAGGUCGAGGAGCAGGUCAAGCGGCACAACGUCCGAAACGUGGAGUCGGCCAAGGCGCACAUCGGCGGCCUGAUCGUGGUGGGCGAGACGCGGCUGCUGUACAUCGACGAAGUCACCAAGACCACCGUCGAGUCCGCUCUCACCGAGGCCUCCAUCUUUGUCGCAUGGGCCGAGUACGAUGUGAAGCACUACUUCCUGGCCGACGACUAUGGAAACCUGCAUCUCCUCACUCUGGAGACGGAGGACGUGGUGGUGACGGGCAUGAUCGUGAACCGGAUCGGAAAGACGUCGCGCGCGAGCAACCUGGUGUAUCUCGGCGAUAACCUAUUGUUCGUUGCGUCUCACUACGGUGACAGCCAGUUGUUCCGUCUGGACCUAGAAAAUGACGAUGCCAGACAACUCGUGCAACUCGUUCAGACCCUCCCGAACAUCGGUCCGAUCCUAGACUUUGAGAUCAUGGACUUGGGCAACCGCGGGGACGAGGGCCAGCUUGCAAAUGAGUACUCAUCUGGCCAGGCCCGCAUCGUCACUUGCAGCGGCGUACACAAGGAUGGGACGCUCCGAAGCGUGCGAAGUGGCGUUGGCCUGGAGGACGUGGGCAUCCUCGCCGACCUGGAGCACUGCCGGGGGCUCUUUCCCCUCUCAUCUUACGGGUCUCCCAAGACCGAUACUCUGGCGGUGUCGUUCCUGACCGAGACCCGCGUGUUCAAAUUUGACUCUCACGGCGAUGUUGAGGAGGUAGAAUCUUUCUCCGGGAUGACAUUCGAUCAGCAGACACUAUUAGCGAUGAAUCUACCGAAGGGGCAGCUCCUACAAGUUACGCCAGCGGCUGCCAGCCUUCUCGACGCCGAAAGCGGGGUCACGAUAGCAUCGUGGGCGCCAGAAGGGGAGCGGACUAUCAUCAGCGCAUCCGCAAACCCGCGCUGGCUCUUGCUGUCUGUGGGCGGUACGGAGCUUGUGUCACUGAGCAUAGCCAACGACUUUCAAACCGUCCAGGCGAAGGACAUGAAUCAGCAGGACCAGGUUGCUUGCAUCCAUGUCGCGCCCGGGCUGGACGACGUCGGCGUGGUCGGCUUCUGGACAUCCGGCACAGUGUCCAUCAUUGACCUUCACACUCUAGAACCCAUCCAUGGAGAGUCGCUCCGAACAUCCAAGGACGACGCCUCCAUCCCUCGCGAUCUCGCCCUCGUCCAGAUGCUCCCGCCCAGCGCGUCCGGGCCUACGCUAUUCGUUGCCAUGCAAGACGGCAAUGUCGUCACCUUCAACGUCUCCAAAGACCUGGCCCUGUCAGGGAGGAAACGCGUCAUCUUGGGCAUGCGGCAGGCCCGGUUUCACCUCCUCCCGCAGCCCGACGGCAUCUUCAGCAUCUUCGCCACAACUGAGCAUCCCAGCCUGAUUUACGGCUCCGAGGGGAGGAUAGUCUACUCGGCCGUCACGGCCGAAGAAGCAACCUACAUCUGCCCCUUCGACACCGAGGCCUUCCCCGACUGCAUCGUCCUGGCCACGGACGCGCAGAUCCGAAUCUCCCAGAUCGACCGCGAGCGACGCACGCACGUGAAGCCGCUGCAGAUGGGCGAGAUGGUCCGGCGGAUCGCCUACUCGCCCCGGGAAAAAGUCUUCGGUCUCGGCUGCAUCAAGCGCGACCUGGUGGCCGGCGAGGAGGUCGUGCAGUCAUCCUUCAAGCUCGUCGACGAGAUCAUCUUCGACCGCGUCGGCCGGUCUUUCCCGCUCGGCUCGCCCUCCUACACCGAGCUGGUCGAGUGCGUCGUGCGCGCCGAGCUGCCGGACUCGUACGGCGCGCCGGCCGAGCGCUUCCUCGUCGGCACCAGCUACCUGGCGGACCCGGACCUGGGCGCCGGCACGGACGCGCGCGGGCGCAUCCUGGUCUUCGGCGUCGACGCCGACCGCAACCCGUACCUGGUGCUGAGCCACGAGCUCAAGGGCGCGUGCCGCUGCCUCGCGGUCAUGGACGACGGCAAGAUCGUCGCCGGCCUGACCAAGACCGUCGUCGUCUGCCGCUACGAGGAGACCUCCAGCACGACCGCCGAGCUGACCCGGCUGGCCUCGUACCGGCCCUCGACGUACCCGGUCGAGCUGUGCGUCCGGGGCAACACGAUCGCCGUGGCCGACCUGAUGAAGUCGGUCGCGCUGGUCGAGUUCGUCCCCGCCGGGGCCGACGAGACGGGCGCCGCCGGCCCCAGUAGUAAGAGGGGGGAGGCGAAGCUGGUGGAAAAGGCAAGGCACUUUGGGAGCGUCUGGGCUACGGCGGUGAGCCACGUCCAAGAUGAUAGCUGGCUUGAGGCGGACGCGCAGGGCAACUUGAUGGUGUUGAGGCAAAACCUGGAGGGUGUGACGGCCGAGGAUAAGAAGCGGAUGGAGGUGACGAGCGAGAUGAAUCUGGGGGAGAUGGUGAACAGGAUAAGAGGAAUCGAGGUGGAGACGACGCCAGGGGCGAUUGUCGUGCCAAAGGCGUUUUUGGGGACGGUGAGUCUACGAUGCGGCGAAAGUCUCUUCGGAAUGAAUGAGCGUCGUUUUGCUAAUACAGGACAAUGGCAGGUUGAGGGCGGCAUCUACAUGUUCGCAACGGUUGUGCCACACGCCCAGGAUUUACUCCUCCGGUUCCAGGCGAAGCUGGCUGAUGUCAUCAAGACGGCUGGCGGCAUUGAGUUCAGGACGUACAGGGCAUUCCGGAAUGCGGAGCGGGAGGGAGACGGGCCCUUCCGGUUUAUAGACGGGGAGCUGCUUGAGCGUUUUCUGGACGUGGAUGAGGCAACUCAGGAGGUCAUUUGCCAGGGCCUGGGUCCCACGGUCGAGGACAUGCGGAAUCUGGUAGAGGAACUCCGGCGCAUGCACUGACGGGUUCGGUUUGGGAAUGAUCUGAAAGAGUCAUUUGACCCCGGAGUUGAAAUAAAGUUUUUUUCUGGGGCAAUUGCCGCCUCCCGUGGCUCUUGCGGUGGUGCACCCGGUAGUGUAGAGCAAAACUGUCAGGGUCCAGCGUUG